ACUCAGUUACUGGAUAAAAAGCCGGGAUGAGUCCCGUGUGUGAUCAGUAGCGCUGUGACUACCUGGGGCUGAGUGCAGGCUGGACACCGGUAAUGGAAGGCAGAGCAGAGAGCCUGCAGGACCCCCUUCCUCACCUUGGCAUAGCUGUGGAUGAGAAUGACCCCAGGAGCAAUGUCCUGGUGCUGCUGAAGGAGCUGCGGCCCGAGUGGAAGCCAGAAGAGAUUAAACUGAAGUACUUCACCGAAGGCAUCACCAACCAGCUGAUCGGCUGCUUCGUAGACUCUUUGCUGGGAGACGUGGUGCUGGUCCGUAUCUACGGAAACAAGACCGAGCUCUUUGUGGACCGCCAGAGGGAGAUGGAGAAUUUCCGGGUGCUUCAUCAACAUGACUGCGCCCCGGAGCUCUACUGCAGCUUCCAGAACGGCAUCUGCUAUGAGUUUGUGCAGGGAGAGGUGAUGGACGAUAAUCUGCUGAGACAGCCCGUCAUAUACAGGCUGAUAGCGAAGGAGAUGGCGAGGAUCCAUUCGAUCAAGCCCAGAAACGGCUCCUCCUCCAGACCCGUCCUGUGGGAGAAGCUCUCAGAGCUCCUGUGCCUGGUUAAAGCCGCUCACAGUGGGUCCCCCGGGUGGCCAGGCUCAGAGGUGCCCUGCUUUGAGGUGCUGGUGAGCGAGAUCGAGGCUCUAAAGCAGCACCUAUCCACUGUGGACUCAUGCACCGUCCUGUGCCACAAUGACCUCCUGAUCAAGAACAUCAUCUACAACAAGGCUGAAGGUGUUGUGCGAUUCAUUGACUUUGAGUACGCUGACUUCAACUACCAGGCAUAUGACAUCGGCAACCACUUCAAUGAAUUUGCAGGUGUGAAUGAUGUUGAUUAUAGCCUUUACCCCAGCCAAGAGCUGCAGAGGGACUGGCUCACUGCAUACCUAGAGACCUACAAAGAGUGCCAGGGCCAGAAGCCCACCGUCUCGGAACUGGAGGUGCAGAAGCUGUACGUUCAAGUCUGCAAGUUCUCUCUGGCUGCACACUUUUCCUGGGGCCUCUGGGCUCUUCUCCAGGCCAGAUACUCCGCCAUUGACUUUGAUUUCCUACGGUAUGCUGUGGCCAGAUUUGAUUACUACUUCCAAAAGAAGGGGGAGUACAUGGCCAUGGAACUGCCUUGAGAUGCAGAACAAGAACAGGAACAGAAAUACACCAAUGGGAAUAUCAAAGUGUUAGGUUUGAAUCUGUUAACAGCACUGAUUUUGAAUCAUAUGCUUGAUAAUUCAUUUGUAACACAGUUUUGUAUAUAAUAUUAAGCAUAAAGAAUUUAUACAUACAUGUACAUGCCGAUCACCCAUGAUAUUAAAACCACUGACAGGUGAAGUGAAUCACAUUAAUCAUCUUGUUACAAUGGCACCCUUGACAUUGUUAGGCAAGUGAACAAUCAGUUGUUGCAGUUGAUGCGUUGGAAGCAGGAAAAAUGGGCAAGUGUAAGGAUCUGAAUGACUUUGACAAGGGUCAAAUUGUGAUGGUUAAACGACUGGGCCAGAGUAUCUCUAAAUCGGCAGGUCUUGUUGGGUGUUACUAGUAUGCAGUGGAUAGUAGCUACUGAAAGUGGUCCAAGGAAGGAUAACCGAUGAACCAGCGAAGGGAGCAAAGCUAUCCUAUCUGCUCCAAUCCCUUAGGAGAGCUACUGUAGCACAAAUUGCUGAAAAAUUUUAAUGCUGGCUGUGAUAGAAAGAUGUCAGAACACACAGCACAUUGCGACUUGCUGCGUAUUGGGCUGUGCAGCUGCAGACCAGUCAGAUUGCCCAUGCUGACUCAGCUCCACCACCGGAAGUGCCUGCAAUGGGCAUGUGAGCAUCAGAACUGGACCAUGGAGCAAUGAAAGAAGGUGGCCUGGUCUGAUGAGUCAUGUUUUCUGUUACAUCAUGUGUGUGGGGAAAAGACGACAUCAGGAUGCACUAUGGGAAGAAGGCAAGCCAGCAGAGGCAGUGUGAUGCUCUGGACAAUGUACUGCCGGGAAACUUUGGGUUCUGGCAUUCAUGUGGAUGUUAGUUUGACAAGAACCACCUACCGCAUGAUGCACCCUGCCACACUGCAAAAAUUAUUAAAAAAUUGUUUGGUGUUGAUAUGGCCUACAAAUUGCCCAAUUUCCCCAAGUGUCAAACUGAUCAACCAUCAGUGGGAUGUACUGGACAAAUAAGUCAGGUCUAUGGAGACCCAUUUUCUGUAACUGCUUGUACUAUUCAGGGUCGUAGGUUAUGCAGGUGGGGUUUCAGAGUACCUGGAGGAAACCCCAUGAUGGGCAGAACAUGCAAACUCCACACACUGAACCCUGGAGAGUCAAACCCUGGUCCGACAGGUGUGAGGCAAGAGUACUAACCAUUGCACCACCAUGCCACCCAGCUAGCAUCUUACAGGACUUAAAGGAUCUGCUGCUAACGUCUUGGUGCCUGAUACCACAGGACACCU